UGUAGAAAAAAUUAAAAUGGCAAAUCAGUAAGAAUAGAAAGAUCCUUGGGAGGACGCCCCUCACACCUCAACUUUCAGUUCGCUCCAAAGUCCAAACGAGUAACGGGUGAGCCAACCUUUUUUUCUUUUUAUCUCAUUUAUUUCUUGCUCUUCGAUUUCCGCUCUUAAAUGAUACAAAUUCUUCUACGCCACCUGACCCACUGAGUAAAGGAAACAAUAACCGAAAUGGUCUUGGACUCGGAGCUAAUCGCCCGACUCUGGGAGUUCUUAGGUGAAUCGGACCUCAACACCACAACUACAGCAAUCGUGCGGCGGAGAUUGGAGGAAGAUUUCGGUAUUGAUUUGACGGACAGGAAGAAGUUUAUUAGGGAACAGGUCGAUUUAUAUCUCCAAAACCAGUUCGAAAAUGCCGAAGAACAACAACAACAAGAACAAAAUGAAGAUGAUCAGACGGAUAAGAUUAAAUCAGAGGAAACCGACGGCUCUGAUUCGGACGACGAAGAGGAGGAGCAGGAAAGAGCGAAGAACAAAAAGGCUACCUCAAAGAAACGGUCAAAAGGAGUCAAUAGUGAAGGUAAGAGAAGAGGAGGUGGUUUUAACAAAGUAAGCAAACUUUCCCCACAACUUCAGGAACUUUUAGGAGUCCCUGAAAUGGCGAGGACUGAGGUAGUCAAGCAAAUGUGGGUUUAUAUUAGAGAGAAAAAUUUGCAAGACCCAGUUAACAAGAAAAAUAUAAUUUGUGACGAGCCAUUGCAUGCACUUUUUGGUGUUGAAUCCAUUGACAUGUUUCAAAUGAACAAAGCCCUGUCAAAGCACAUCUUGCCCUUGGAUUCAGACGAAGUCAAGUCAAUGGAGAGGGAAAAACCAAGAAAGCAUGAGAGAGAAGAAGUCAAGUCAACGGAGAAGGAAAAGCCAAGAAAGCAUGAGAGAGAAGAAGAUCCAGAUGAAGCAAAAGGAAAGGAAAAGCGACAGAAGGGAUUUCUUGCUCCUCUUCAGCUUUCAGAUGCUCUGGUAAAAUUUCUUGGUACUGGAGAAAAUGAGCUUACACGGGCUGUCGUGAUCAAGAGAAUGUGGGAUUACAUAAAAGCAAAUAACCUCCAGGAUCCAGCUGACAAGAGGAAAGUAAUAUGUGACGAGAAGCUGAAAGAGCUGUUCGAGGUUGAAACCUUCCAUGGGUUCACAGUUACAAAACUCUUGGCUGCUCAUUUUCUCAAGAGUUGAGCUGACCAGACCAGACCAGACCAGACCAGAGCGGGGUUUUUGUAAUUGUAAGAGAAACAAGGGAUUCCAUUAAUUGUUUUAUUAGUUGAGGCCUUGCGUUUUAUUAAUUUAAGGUACAGAGUUGUUUGGUUGACAAACAUACAACCGAUCAGUAGCUACAGCUGAAGUUCUUAUAACUUGUUUCAAAGUUCCAACAGAAAAAUAAACUAUCAAAUUCAAUUUGUUUAGAGCUCAAGUUUUAUAA